UUGAAAAUUUGGAGCUUCAGUGCAGCAACAUCCAUAUUGGAAGCAUUGUCUACAAACUUGACUGUUUGGUGGAGGCAUACAACAGCAAGGUGGUAAUUCUUGUUAGAUGUUGUUUUGGUAUUUUUUUUCUGCCCCUUGGCUUAUGUCUAAAUGUAGGCCUACUGUUUCUGUUGUCCCCACUGUGAUUUUCAGUUACAGAUUAAUAAAGGAAGUGUGUGGUGAGGGCGGAGGGGCCAGUUCUCAGAUGCAGAAGUGAAACAAGCAAGUAGAACUUUACAAUUACAUACGCAAUAACACCGUGCCAUUUGCCCUUGAGACUGACUAUCAUAAGAAGCAAAAACAGACAGAAAGGAAGCAAAAAGUCGUUCUGUGCAAUGUUGGCCGAAGGUUUUCUCAGAGUGCUGUGUUACAGGGAGAAGAGAAAGUUUGCUUCCAAGCAGAAGAGUUUGCAGACACAUCAUCCGGAACAGUUCAACAGUAUCCUCUCCGAGACAAACUCUACAGACCUACAAACAGAUUCAGCUGAAGCAGGUCCAAACCGGGAAGAACUCAACCCUAGACCAGUGAAAAUGGCAACUCAAGGUCCUGCAGGCCUCUUAAUCCCUGGGUGCUCACCCCCUCUCAACCUGGACCCUGACUUUACAGCCUGCUUAGACGAUUGUAGCCUGCUGGAACAGUAUCCAGACCUGCAGGUGGCUGACUCAGGCCGCAUCUCACAGAACCCACAGAGACCCGCCAUCCCCUUGCACGAUUUGUACACGCCUGCCCCUGAAGCCUACCGUCAACCAGAAUGGGCAGCCCAGGAGAGCCCACAAGGUGGGCGUGUCUCAUCGAUACCAGACCAGGGUUAUCUGGUUAUGGGAGCCAGUGUGAACAUCAGCUUGGAUCUGCCCGGAUCAGGGUUGGAGCCCAUGUCUAACUCGGUGCUGAACGGGCUGCUGGAGAAACAGCUGGAGGAGGUGUACAUGCAGCAUCUGACUGACAACUUGGCUCGAUGUAACUCCCACCUGGGGAACAGCCUCCUACACGGCCUGGUGCCUCCGCCGCAGCCCAGCAGCCAGCUGCAGGGGCCUGACUCACUGGAGGCCAGUCUGGAACAGGGAUCAGGAGGGGACAGCAACAAGAAGAUUAGUUAUCUGAGCACCCAGAACUUACCUCAUUGCUCGUCUAACUUCAGCUCCCCUGUGCUGAGGAUUUCAGAGGCUGACAAUGCUCAUAUGCAAUGAAUGCAUACACCCUGCGAAAGUGUUAAAUGUGAUGCUCAGCAAGGCUUUUUGCUUCUGUACUUCUUUACUUCCAGGUUCACACUCACAAACAUGCAACUGAUGUGUGAAAAUGAGUACAAUUCAGGAUAUAAAUGCAUGCUUUUAUGUUUGUUUACUUAUAUUUACACAAUGUCUUUGUUUACUUGCUUGAUGAACUGAUGCCCCAUCUUUAAUUGCUCUCAUGUGCCAUCUGCUGUUAGAUUUAAGUACUACACCACCCUGACUUCACCUGACACACAUUUACAUUUAUUUUAUUGAUAUUAAAAGUGGUUGUGCUUAAA